UCAAAGGAUCUGUGAAGUUCCGUAGGACAGUGAGACCCACCUUUCGUGGGAGGAAUGGCGGCGGAGGCGGCGGCGGCGGUAGCGGCAGCGGCAGCGGCAGCGAGCGACCCGGAAACAACGCAAAAACAAACCGAAGAAAUUGAAGCUCUAUCAGCUAUAUAUGGCGAUGAAUGGUGCACUGUUGACGAAGAUGAGAAAAUUUUUUGCAUUAAGAUUAGUGAUUGCUCAGCACAGCCAAACUGGACUCUCAAUUUGCAGGUGAUUCUGCCUCCUGAAUAUCCAACUUCAGCACCACCUAUUUAUCAACUUAAUGCUCCUUGGAUUUUACAAAAGGAAUAUGAAGAACUGGCAAAUCAUCUAGAAGAAAUCUAUGUACAGAACCUUGGUGAAAGCAUUCUUUAUCUGUGGGUAGAGAAGAUACGUGAGGUUUUGAUAGAAAAAUCCCAGUCAUCUGAAUCGGUAGGCCCAGAUAAUAAAAAAAUUACAGAAGAAACAGAUGUGGACUAUGAAGAAGAAUUUGCACUGGAAUAUGAGCUUCUUCCAGAUUGUACAGCUAUAAAGUUAAAUUUUGAUCUGUCUGAAAAAAAAGAUGAAGAGUUACCUCCAAUUUAUCAUGGGAACCCAAUUACAGACCGAAGAAGCACAUUUCAGGCACAUUUAGCACCUGUUGUGUGCCUCGAGCAGGUGAAAAAUAUUCUUGCUGAGUUGUACAAAAAUAAGAAAAUAGCCAGUGCUACUCACAACAUAUAUGCUUACAGGAUAUACUGUGAAGACAAGCAGACUUUUUUACAAGAUUGUGAAGAUGAUGGUGAAACAGCAGCCGGGGGUCGUCUUCUCCAUCUUAUGCAGAUCCUGAAUGUCCACAAUGUUUUGGUGGUAGUGUCCCGCUGGUAUGGUGGUAUCCUUUUAGGACCAGAUCGUUUCAAACAUAUCAACAAUUGUGCCAGAAAUAUCCUCGUGGAGCAAAAUUACAGUAAUCUAUCUCAAAAUUCAUCUAAGCCUCUUGGAAAGAACAAAAGAAUGAGAAAAGACAAGAAGAAAGCAGAACAUUGAUGUGUUUUGCAGAAUUACAUAGUAGUAUUUCAUCUUUUGAUUGUCACCACUCAGUGAUUCUAUUUGACUUAAUAUUUUAAAUCUUUUGUUCCAAAAGCACGAAAACACUUUGCAGUAAAAAGAGAGAGACAUUUUUCUUCGUAAGAAAAUCCAGCAAUUACAGCAGUAGCAGCAGACCCAGAAAACACCUUCAAAUUCAUUCACUGUUUCAGCUGCUGAAAAAUUAAAGCCUUUCAAUAUAAAAA